AUGAGUAUUACACUUGAGGAGCACUUUCUCUCUCAGGCAGCACACUCGUCAGAGGUAGCUACAGACGACCCAAUCCAUGGGUUUCCUACCAGUAUCAUCAACAAGCUCGUCGACCUCGAUGAUGAACGAAUAAAGAGCAUGGAUGAGAACAACGUAGCGAUUCAAGUCCUUUCUCACACUCCCACGAAUUUUCUCACAGCCGAGACUAUAACAGCUUGUAACGAUGAGCUUGCGGCGGCAAUACGAGCGAAUAAGCCUCGCUUCGCUGGCUUUGCCGCUCUGCAAAUGAGUGAUCCCGUCGCAACAACGCAUGAGCUUGAAAGAUGUAUCAAAGAGCAUGGGUUUGUCGGAGCGCUGAUAGACAACCAUUCCAGCGGCAAUUAUUUCGAUGGCAUUGGGUAUGGAAUCUUCUGGCCAAAAGCUGUGGAGCUCGACGUACCAAUCUACAUACAUCCUGCGUGGCCCCGUCAAAAGGCGAAAGCGGCUUUAUACUCGGGCGGUAAUUGGAACCCCUAUUAA